AUGGACCGCGCAUCAGCCAACCAGCUCAUGCACGCCUCGUACCAGCUGCUCCUGGACAGUCGGCCGGCGGUGACCGUGGCCGCCAACGUGGCGGCGGCCGUGGCUCACGUCGGGUCCCAGUGCUACAGCGACGGGUCCCCCGCGUCCUCGCCGGACAGCGACCGCGACCUCGGCGACAUCAUCAUCAACAGCGGCGCCAACGCCGCCGCCGCCGCCAUCGCCGCCGCCCACGCCAAGGGGAAGCCGGUCAAGCGCCAGAGGUCGAGCUCCCCGGAGCUGCUGAGGUGCAAGAGGCGGCUCAGCUUCACGGGUUUGGGCUACUCGUUGCCUCAGCAGCAACCGGCGGCGGUGGCCCGACGCAACGAGCGGGAGAGGAACCGGGUCAAGUUGGUGAACAUGGGCUUCCAGACGCUGAGGCAACACGUGCCGAACGGGGCGGCCAACAAGAAGAUGAGCAAAGUGGAGACGCUGCGGUCGGCGGUGGAGUACAUCCGAGCCCUCCAGCAGCUGCUGGACGAGCACGACGCGGUGUCGGCCGCCUUCCCGGGCGGGGUGCCCUCGCCCACCCUGUCCCCCGCCUACUCCGCCACCGACCUGAACUCCAUCCCGGCCUCCCCGCUCUCCACCUACUCGUCCGAGGAAGGCAGCUACGAGGCGCUGAGCCCCGAGGAACAAGAGCUGCUCGACUUCACCAGCUGGUUUGACAGAUACUGAAGCGGAUCGUUACGGGGGAGGAAGGG